AUGGAUCAGUUUAAGCUUCUAAAGGCAGCAAGAAGUCGUGCGAAGGCAAGCAUUACGCGUUUGCUAACGGCGUCACAAGAUCCACGUGCGGGAUCAAACUGGGAAUUGGAUGAAAUCACAGUCUCAUUGGAAAGGCUCAACAACGUUUGGAAGGAGUUUGAGACCAUUAGCGAUCAAAUGGCCCUUUAUGAUGGAGAAGAGGGGUACAUCGAUCCAGCCAUCGACAACGAGAGGUACGAGGAUAAGUACAUGCAAGCAAACACCUUGUUUCACACCAUUAAACGGCGCUGUCAGUCAUCCAAUGAGAGCGACAGAGAAGGCAGCAACGGUAGGCAAUCUGGCAACCUUGACGAUGCCGCAUCAAGUUCAUCAGGAUUGGGAAACGAAAGCCUUGCUCGUUUUCUACAACAACAGCAGGAGCUGAAUGAGCGUUUAGCUGAGCAGCAAUCAACAUUUUUGAGAGCAAACUCCGCAGCAAAUGUAAUGCACAACGAGCUGCCAAAAAUCCACAUCAAGGUGUUUUCUGGUGACUACAAAGAGUGGCCAGCCUUUAAAAACAUCUUCGAGAGUACGAUCCACAGCAAGCAGCAUUUGACAGCAAUACAAAAGUUCCACUACUUAAAAACGUACAUUACUGGGGAAGCAGCGGACUUGAUUCGUCAUAUGCCAAUAACGGAUGCUGCUUAUGAGGCUGCUUGGAGUUGCCUAACUGAGCGAUACAACAGACCACGUCACAUUGUCAACACUCUACUGGAAACGUUUGUAAAUCUCCCUUCGACAUCCAGGGCAGAUGUUGCAGUUCUGCGCAAGGUGACCGACGGAGCCACGGAGAUUGUACGAGGAUUGGAUGCAGCAGGGCAAACUAACAGGGACUGCUGGAUCAUACACUUCAUUCUGGCCAAAAUCGACGCUGAAACUCGACGCAAAUGGAUUGAGGGAAGCCGGGAACUUGAAUCUCCGUCUGUGGAUGAUUUACUCAAGUUCUUAGACCGACGCUGCGAGGAAUUCGAGCUCAGCAAAAGUGAGUCAGACAUAGACUUCAAGGUUGGCGCACCACAACUGAGCAAAGCAAAGCGUUCGUCCCAUGCCUUAGUAUCGAUGGAAGAUAAUGCUUGUGUGAAAUGUAACUCUAAGGAGCACAAGAUCUACGGUUGCCCAAAGUUUGCUGAAGCAUCGAUCGACCAGAGACGCACAUUUGUAAAGACAAAAUCCUUGUGUUUCAACUGUCUUAAGCUUGGGCAUGUAUCACGCAAGUGUGAAUCCAAAUUCACAUGCAAGAUUUGCCAUAAUCGCCAUCACUCGCUGCUACAUGCAGAUAUUCCUGGAUCGCAAGCCGCUGUGACCACGACACAGCCACAUACUGAUGAAAGGCACGUCUCAAGCGCUCCCGAAGAUGCUACGGUGACCAUCAGCCAUAUUGCUCGCGCGCAAGCGGCUCCCACAGCUGAGUCCUUGUGCAACGGAUCAACAACGGCUACACAGCCCCAAGGGCUAAGGAAAAGUGCAUUGCCAACAGCUCUGGUAUUUGUAAAAACCGCAAAAGGAUCACACAUUACAUGUCGGGUACUUUUGGACAGUGGUUCGGAACUGUCGUACAUCUCAGAGAGGUGCGUACAGGCACUUGGUCUGUCACGCUCGCCCUCACGCAUUGUAGUGUCUGGAAUUUCAUCGAUCAAGGCGGAGACAACUAGAGGCUGCAGCACACUGGACAUGCAGUCAAGGAUCUCAGAUCACACAAUGAAGGUACGCGCACACGUACUCAGCAAAAUUACCUCCACGUUAGCAAGACACGAUAUCGAGGCCUCAGCACUCAAGGCAUUUGCUGGCUUUGAGCUUGCGGAUUCUGAUUAUCAAUCGUUGGCGCCAGUCGAUAUUCUUUUGGGCAGCGAUUACGUUUGGACCGUGUUCACCGGUCAAAAGAUGUUCGACAUCCAGGGCAACAUCAUCGCCAUUUCGACCAUUUUUGGAUGGGUCAUAACAUCUAUCGUUACUACCGGCUGUUCAUCUACAACAACAAUGCACUCGGCUAUUGACAUUGACUCAACGCUUCGGCGCUUUUGGGAGCUGGAGGAUGUCAACCAGGAAUUCCAUGGGAAACCAGAGGACGAUGAAGUUGAACAGCACUUUAUGAAAACGCACACUCGGGACUCCAAGGGGCGUUACAUAGUCGAACUUCCGUUCAAAAACUCCAACGAACAGUUUUCGGAUACUUUACAAGGAGCACUGGCAAGAUUCAGGGGUGUAGAACGCCGCCUAAAGAAGGACCCCGAUCUGCACUCACAGUAUGUACAAUUUAUGCGUGAAUACCUUCAGUUAGGACACAUGCGGGAAUUAUCGCCAGGAGACAUUGACAAAGGGAAAAGCUUUUACUUGCCUCAUCAUCCAGUAAUUACCCAAAAGCUAAGGGUAGUAUUUGACGGCUCAUUCAAGGAUACGAAUGGAAAAUCCUUAAACGAUGCUCUACACAUUGGACCCAGCAUUCUCCGAAACCUCUUCUCGAUUUGUAUGCGUUUCAGAAUGUUCAAGUUCGUCUUUUCCGCAGAUAUUGUCAAAAUGUAUCGACAAAUCUUGGUGGCUGCCAACCAUUGUAGCUAUCAGCGUAUUGUUUGGAGAGAAGAUGAAAGUACACCUAUCAAGCACUAUGAGCUUUCCACGGUGACAUAUGGCACAUCUAGUGCACCAUUCUUGGCAGUAAGAGUCCUGGAUCAGUUAGCUAACGACCACCAACACGAGUUUCCCACCGCUGCAAGGAUCUUGAAGGAGCAGUUUUAUGUGGACGACGUACUGACGGGAGCACCUACAGAGGAGGAGCUAAUUCACAAUCAAAAAGAGCUGAUCCAAUUAAUGAAAUGUGCAGGCAUGGAACUUGGCAAAUGGGUUUCAAAUUCAUCACGUAUAGCUGAUCGAGCUACUUCUACAACCGAGGUACAAGGCAAAGGAUCCACUCCUACAUCAAAGGUUCUUGGCAUUCAUUGGGAUCCAGAAGAGGAUACGUUAUCCUACAAAGUUUGCCUUGCACCAAAUCCGGACAACACCAAGCGCCAAGUGCUGUCUGACGUGGCACGGAUCUUUGACCCGCUGGGUAUUUUGUCGCCAGUGGUGGUGCAGUUUAAAAUUCUGUUCCAAGAAUUGUGGUUACUGGAUCUCGGCUGGGACACGGAGCUUCCUCCAAAAAUUGCUGACUGGUGGAACAAAUGCCGUAACGACCUACACAUACUUCGAGAACUACGCCUGCCACGAUUUGUCGAAAACAAUGGCGAUCACAUCGAACUGCAUGGGUUCUCAGAUGCCUCCAUCAAGGCAUAUUCCGCAGUCAUCUACAGCAGAGUGGUGCGAGCAGAUGGCACCGUGUCGGUUUCACUCAUAGCAGGAAAAACCAGAGUUGCUCCACUAAAGCAGCAAUCCCUACCGCGCCUCGAGCUGUGUGGCGCUUUGCUACUGAGCAGACUAAUCCUAUCUGUCAAGGAUUCUCUGCAACACAAGGACAUCGAAAUACAUGCAUGGUGUGAUUCAACCAUAGUUUUGGCUUGGCUUUCACAUCCACCAUCGAAGCUCAAAACAUUUGUAGCAAACAGGACUUCAGAAAUACUCGACGCGUUGCCGCGUAGUGCAUGGCAUCAUGUAAACACGAAGGAGAAUCCGGCAGACUGCGCCACACGAGGGAUGCUUGCUGCAGACCUUCUCCAUUUCGACUUAUGGUGGAUGGGACCUUCAUGGCUGCAAGAUCCAGAAAAGCUUGCGGUAAAGUUGAGCUGCACAAAGUUCUGUUCUUCUCUUUCAGAUAACCAUGGCAAGGAAGAAGUCAAGUCCACCGCAUUAACCACUCAGCAAGGUGACUCAUUUUCACCGAUCGAAGCGUUGACUCAGCGGGUCUCGUCCUGGACAAAAUUGGUCCACGUUGUAGCUUACGUAUUACGCUUCAUACAAAGGACCAGGACCAUUAAACUUGUAGCGCUGACAAAUGGGGCCAGGCUCACCUUUGAAGAGAUUCAGGCUGCUCGCAUACUUUGCCUGCGUGAGGCUCAGAAAUGCUUCAUGGAGGAUCGAAAUCUUCUGACGGAAAACAAACCACUUCGCAGCCGCUCCCAGUUGAUCAAGCUUUCACCGUUUGUUUGCAAGGAUGGCCUCCUUCGAGUUGGAGGACGCUUGGCCAACUCGCAGUUACCAGCUGACGUCAAACACCCCAUAUUGCUUCCGAAAUCUCACCGCAUUACAAGGAUGAUUUUGGAACACGAACAUACAGCAAAUCUACAUCCCGGAGUGUCUGCUCUGUUUGUAAUUACGCGUCAAAAGUAUUGGGUUUUCGGUGCGCGUAACCUAAUAAGGAACCUGGUACACAACUGCCACUCAGGCUGCGACUACGAUGGACCAUUCAUCCUCAAGGAAAGGAGAGGGCGCAAUCCCAGAAAAACUAAAGGCUACAUAUGUCUCUUCGUCUGCCUUGUAACAUCAGCCAUUCAUUUGGAACUGGCCACCGACCUUAGCACAGACACAUUCCUGGCAUGUCUUCGGCGUUUCAUGUCCCUUCGAGGAAAAUGUUCGCAAAUCUUCAGCGACAACGGCACGAAUUUUGUUGGUGCCAAACGGGCUCUAGAUGAGAUGCAGCAACAUCUCUCUUCGCAGGAGCAUCAACACACCGUAACUCAAUCGUUGGCCAAUGAUGGAAUUAAGUGGAGUUUCAUACCUCCCCAUUCGCCACAUUGGGGAGGGAAGUGGGAGUCAUCAGUACGAUCAGUUAAAUUACAUCUGAGACGCGUCGUGGGAAAAACUGUUCUAACCUUCGAACAGAUGCAAACUCUGAUUGUUCAGAUCAGUGCGGUGGUGAACUCAAGACCGUUAUGCUACACACCUGACACUGACAUCACCUACUUGUCUCCGGCCCAUUUUUUAAUUGGCCGCCCAUUCACAACGGUUCCAGAGGGUGAUCUGACUCAUUUGCCGAUCAAUCGCUUAGACUACUGGCAGCAUUUACAAUCAAUGUACCAGGGUUUUUGGAAGCGCUGGCACCAGGAAUAUCUAACAUCGCUGCAGCAACGUCAAAAGUGGAACAACAAGGAACGUAACAUCGCUGUAGGUAGUGUAGUCCUUGUAAAGGACUCAAAUCUCCCUCCAGCAUCUUGGAUACUAGCCCGCGUAUUGGAGGCUCAUCAGGGACCAGAUGGACUGGUACGCGCUGUAAAACUUAAGACGUCUACUGGAGAGAUGACGCGACCUAUCACUAAGUUAGCUGUGCUGCCUAAUUCAGAAACCAUGUUUCAGGGCGGCCCGGGAUGUUGA